GAAAAAAUAAUUUUCUUGUUUAUGGAUUUUUUUUACAAAAUAUUUAAUAACUGAAAGAAUAUCUUUAUCAUAACGUUCAUAAAUAAAAAAUCUUGUUAUAUAUUUAAUAAGAAAUUGAACACGUCAACAUGUGUGUUGUAAUAGAUUUAGAUGUCGUAUGCCUGAUUUGUUUACAACCCAAUAAAGAGAUGCAUCCCAUCUUCAACACAGAUGUGGAAUCUUCUGAACUGCAAAUUGCCCAGAAAAUAUCCAUACUAUCAGAGCUGAAAAUCGAUCAGAAUAAUGAAACACUACCUAGUAAGAUUUGUAGCAAAUGUUUGCAAGACUUAAAAGCCGCCUGGCGUUUCCGAAAAAACUGCCAAGCGGCCGUGACCAUAUUCCAGACAAUAGUCAAAUUGGACGAUGUACAGCCACGGCCAGAAGAUAGUGCUAGCAAGGAAUUGGCUGAACAACAAAUCAAGGUGCCGCAGGGUUUACAAAUAAAACGUAUUAAUAACGAUAAUGAAGGUGAGGAUGAUAAAAAACCUGGGGAAUCUUUGAUAGACAAGAAAACCGUUGCCGUGGAAGAAUUUGUGCUUAGCAAUGACAAAGAAAGUUCCACGUUAUACGAAGAGCUAGCACCUCAGGAUUAUAUUCAAAGUCAGGAUAAUCAUCCCGAGGAGUUUCAGGCGAUGCAAAAUGAAAUAAAGGAUGCAAGUAAAGUUGAGGAGGAGGAGGUGGAAUUUAAUGAAAAUGAGGAGGAGGUUGAACAUGAAGAUGAGGAUAGUAUUUUUGUGGAAUAUUAUUUAAACGAGGAUGCAUUAGCAGAUGAAAGCACAAUUAAAAUCGUUAACAAAAAUUCUUCUAAAGCGAAAUCUAAUAUGGAAGAAAAACUACUCCGGGUUAGAAAACAGUCCCCUGAUAUGGAGGAAAAACAGACGAAAAAACGAACAGAGUAUUUAGAAAAGGUUAAUAAAUUACAACCAAGAGGCCGCACAAGAGCACAAAAUGUACAAAAAGUUGUAGCUAAAAGUAGUCAGGCUUCUCAAAGAAAUUCAGUUGUUAUAGAUGACACCAAUAGCUCUGAGGAGUCUAUAAUACCAGUGCAGCCACAAGUGAGACAGGUAAAAACACGUAAACGUAAAUCAAUAUCCCCCGAAACAAAAACUCCAAAAAUCUGUGAGCUAUGUGGCAAUUCGUAUCGUUUUCAACAUGCAUUAAAUGCUCACAUGCGACGUCACUACAAUGAAAAGCCAUUCCCUUGUGAUUUCUGCGACAAAGCGUUCGUUUCCAAUGUCGAACUCAGACGUCAUAUGCGUGUUCAUACCGGCCAAAAACCUUACGCAUGUCAAUAUUGUGAACGACGUUUCUCCGACUUUGGAUCACGCAUCAAACACGAACGCACCCAUACCGGAGAACGGCCCUAUCACUGCAUUACGUGUGGCAAAUCGUUUGCCUAUCCUCAUGUUCUUUCCGUUCACAUACUUACCCAUACGGGAGAGAAAAGAUUUCGUUGCGAUUAUUGCAGUAAAGGAUUUACGAAAAAAGCUUAUCUGUUGUCACAUGUCGAACAACAUCACAGUGGUCCCACUGAAUUCCAGGUUGUUAUCGACGAUACCAGAGAUAGCAGUCAAAAUCAGGCGGAUGCCACGAAAUCUGAGACAUUCGAGGAGUGUAUUUAUACUACAGAAAUCGUGAAUGAAGCGGAAAUGGAGGAAUGUGAUGAGGAAUAUGAAGAUGAUGAUGUUAAUCAAGAGCCUGACGAAAUUAUUAUAACACAAUCACAUAUGCAGACAAAAUUGGAAUCUAAUGAUGACUCAGAAAUACAUGAUAUUGUAGAAGUGGAGUCAGAUGAAGAAUACACAAUAAGAGAGCGAUAAAUUUAGCGUUUUAAUUUAUCUAAAAUUCUUUUUUCAUUAUUCCUUUGAUUGUUUUUUGAGAAAAUGUAAUGGAAAUGAGAAUUUACAAUAAAAAGUUAAGGAGAAAUAGUGUUUGAAAACAA